AUGUGCUUGCUUUUCAGAAAACCAGUAGUCUUCAGAUUAGGACUAGGAAUAAUUACCGUGUUUAUUUUGUGUUUACCUGAAUUUUUCAAAAUCCAUGAAGCUAACACUGUAAUGGUGUCCUGCAUGGAUACCUGUUCAUCAAGCAACACCACUUUUCCACUUUGUACUUUUAACAAUUCUUACAAAAGAUCAGUGCAACAAAGAAGAGAAACCCAGACUAUUUUGCUGAAGGUCAUUAUAAAUAAUUCCAAUUUCCAAAAUAUUCCAUGUAUUUGCCAGUUGUCCUGGAGGGAACAACAGUCCCACCCUGAACAGACAGAGUGUGAAUCCAAAAGGGAUGUGAAUGCUGAUCAUCAAGGAUCAUGGUCAAUAGCUAAAAAAACAAAAGGCUCACUUGAAGUGAAAACAGAAAAUGUUACUUAUUUUUAUAAAUAUUUUAAUUUCACUACGGAUUCCAAGAAAGAAGUGGAGCAUAAUAUGAACUACCUGAUGGAAAUCUACAUCAACAAUUCAACAGUUAGAGGACGAAGUGCAGCCAACGAACAACUAAAUCAUUCUUGUCUCUUGGCAAUGAUGGAAAACCAAAAUGACUGUAUGAAUAUUUCACUGCAACUGAAGUCUUAUAUGGAAUAUCCAAUGUGUAUGAUGAAGAUUACUUGGCUCACUAUGAUUCCACUAGUUUUUGUAUUUACUGUUUCAAUCGUCAUCUACAAAAUAGUCCAAGAAAAUAAACAGAGCUCAGAUUAUAAACAAAGAGUAGCAACAUCAGUUUCUACUGUUCUAAGAAGAAAGAGCUCCAGACAUGCAAGAAGAACUGUAUCUGUUACUAAAAUUUAUCCUUUUCCUGUGAAAACCAGCAAACAACAGGUUCCACUUCCUGCACAGGCCACAAAGAUACUGCCUGUAAUUCCUGAACAAGAGCAUUGUCACAUGGAUCAACUGUAGAAGGUAUCACCCUAUGAAAUACCAGGACCUCUGGAUGAAAGAAGACACAUCAUACACCACAGAAGAAAGCAUCCCCAUUUCCAGCUUGGGAGGCUAUAUUAUCCAUCUUUUCAUGGGAAUGACAAUUAUGCAUUUUAGUUGAUAAGUUCCA